AUGUCAGUAGAUGUGAGAUACUGGCCACCCGCCCCGCGGCUGCCAGCCCACUGCCCGUGGGGCUCUGGUUACAGCCCUAUAAAGUUUGCCCUGUUCCUCGCCCUGGCCCUGGUGUCGUGCGUCACCCCUGCGGAGAGGAAGUGCCUCCUCUCUGGGUCGUGGCGGAGUGAUGCUGGCUGCCGGAUGGUCGUGUCCGUCCUUGGCAAGGACGGCAGCUUCUCUGGUUCCUACCUGCCGGGGCCUGCUGCCAGCGACUCCGAAAUCCUCACCUCGCCCCUGGAGGGGUCCCAGCAGGACGCGGCGCUGGUCCCACAGCCCACCUUCUCCUUCACCGUGCGCUGGCAGCUCCGAGGCUCAGAGACAGCCCAGAGGACUGCCUUCCUGGGCCAGUGCUACGUGGGCGCCAAUGGGGAGGAAACACUGCAUGCCCUGUGGCUCCUGCGAGAGGCGGCCGACAGCCCCGCAGAGGACUGGAAAGCCACCCGGAUUGGCACCAGCGUUUUCACCCGGAUAAAAUAACAGCAAGCGGGGACACCCAGGAGACCCAGGACUGCAAGGAGAUGGCGCUUCCCCUAGCCAGGCUCUGCCCGUCCUGACGUGCUGCAUUUCAGCAGCUCUCAGCCCACAGGUUCAUGCUUUCCCAGGCAAGUUCAGGUGCAAAAUAAAGGGUUUCUGUGGGGAUGCAGGGCUUGGAUCUGGUUUCUGCCCUGCCUCAAACCCAUGGGGUUUGUCUUGCCCCACAGCCACCCUCCCAUGGGGAGGCUUAGUGCAGCAGGGCAGCAGGGUCCCUGGGGAUGGGGGCUGUCCCAUGUCCCCUCCCUGGCAGCCUGCAGCAGCCCUGCACCUGCAGCCCUGCCACUGUGCUGUGGGUAACUUGUCCC